ACUUAAUGUGCUGGUAGAGAAAAUCCGAGGUCAAGCUUUCAAAUCUCAUCACAUUUGUUUAUAUACCUAAACCCCUUUGCAUCGAUACUCUACGACGUUUCGGUGCUAUAGUCCCGCACAUCCAUUCUCCACCUCACAUCACAGCAAGCCAAUCGAUAGCGCAUCAUGGCUGCACGACGUUCGAGUCGCUUUUUGAAGCCGCUUGCCUACGCGGCGGGAGCUGGUGCUGUUGGUAGCGCUGCUCUGUACACGGUCAUCCGACCGCGAGACAUUCCUGGCACAGAAGCUGCCGCUGUACCGCCUCCGACAUAUGGCGAGGGCGGUGUCUUCAACCCUCCCAAGUUCCCAAAUGUCCCCUCGAGGGAGGAGCAGAUCGCGAAGCUGAAGGCCAGCGGAGGCAUCGUCGCGCAGGUUGCAGACAGGGCCAAGCAGCUCCUCACAGGGAGCACAACAGCUCCUGAGCAGAAGCCUGAGCAGGAGGAAUACGAUCUUCUGGUCAUUGGCGGUGGUGCCACUGGUGCUGGUAUCGCGCUCGAUGCCGUUACACGAGGUCUGAAGGUUGCUAUGGUCGAGCGUGACGACUUCAGCAGUGGUACCAGCAGCAAGAGUACGAAGCUGGUGCACGGAGGUGUCAGAUACCUCGAGAAGGCUGUUUGGAACCUGGACUACAACCAAUACGCGCUUGUUGUCGAAGCCCUCCGCGAACGCCGUUAUUUCUUGGACACCGCGCCGCAUCUGUCACAAUGGCUGCCCAUCAUGAUUCCCAUCCAGAAGUGGUGGCAGGCUCCCUACUUCUGGGCCGGUACCAAGUUCUACGACUUUUUGGCCGGUUCCGAGAACAUCGAGAGCUCAUACUACAUGACAAAGAGCAAGGCUCUGGAUGCAUUCCCUAUGCUAAAAAAGGAGGGUCUGUUCGGCGCUCUCGUCUACUACGACGGCGCACAUAACGACUCCCGUAUGAACGUUUCGCUGGCUAUGACAGCAGCUUUGUACGGCGCAACUGUUGUGCCCCACGUCGAAGUCACCGCCCUGACGAAGGAUGCCAACGGCAAACUCAACGGUGCAAUCGCGAAGGACCUCGUUCAGGAGCUGGAUGGUAAGAAGGCUGAGCCGUUCACAAUUAAGGCCAAGGGUAUCAUCAACGCCACUGGUCCUUUCACCGACUCCAUCCGCAAGAUGGACGAUCAGACGGUCUCUGAGAUUGUUGCCCCUAGUUCCGGUGUGCACGUUAUUCUCCCAGGCUACUUUAGUCCGGCCAACAUGGGUCUUAUUGACCCCAACACCUCUGAUGGACGUGUCAUCUUCUUCCUGCCAUGGCAGGGCAAUACAAUCGCCGGUACAACCGAUACUGCUUGCGACGUCAAGCAGAACCCUGUCGCCAGUGAGGACGAGAUCGACUGGAUUCUGAAAGAAGUCAAGCGCUACCUGCAGCCUGAGAUCAAUGUCAGGCGCGGCGACGUCUUGGCUGCGUGGUCUGGUAUCCGUCCCCUUGUCCGCGACCCCACCAAGGACAAGUCGGAGGGUCUUGUCCGCAACCACUUGGUGACUAUGUCCGAGUCUGGUCUGCUCACCUGCUCUGGAGGAAAGUGGACGACUUACCGCCAGAUGGCUGAAGAGACCGUCGAUGAGGCUAUCAAGGAGUACAACCUCGAGCCCAGGGCUCUUACACACGCCCCUCUAGUUAGCGGAACUCAGGUCAAGGACGAGGCUCCUCUCGAUGGUACCUGCCAAACCCACCGCGUCCGUCUCGUUGGUGCCCACGGUUUCUCCAAGACUCUCUUUAUCAACUUGGUCCAGCACUACGGCAUUGAGACCGAUGUAGCCAAGUACCUCUGUCAGGCCUAUGGCGACCGCGCCUGGACUGUUGCUGCGCUCUGCGCGCCCACAGAAACCCGGUUCCCCGUCCGCGGCAAGAAGAUCUCUGAGUUGUAUCCCUACGUCGAUGGUGAGGUCCGCUACGCCGUUCGCCACGAGUACGCACAAACCGCCACCGACGUUAUCGCACGCCGUAUGCGUCUCGCUUUCUUGAACGCCCAGGCUUCGCUCGAGGCUCUUCCCAAGGUCAUUGACAUCAUGGCCGAGGAACUCAAGUGGGACAACAAGCGCAAGGACCUUGAGUUCAAGAACGGAGUCGAGUACCUUGGCUCCAUGGGUCUGCCUAAGAACAAACUCAGCCUGACACGCAAGGAUGUCGAGAGCGGGAAAGUGGGCAAGUACGCCGACGAGGAGUACCAGCUCUACGCACGCCAUGACAAGCCUGAGGAGCUGCUCGAGAGCGACUCCAAGUACGCUCAGGGGCAUAACCCGGUUGUUGGCCGCGACUCGCCUGCCAACAAAUAAGCAGUCAAACGUGGUGAUGGAUGGUUCUGUAGAUCUGGUUUGAGCAUCUUGUAUAUUGUUGCAUAAUCGGCGCGUUUGUUCUUGUAGAGUCUGAGGGGGUAGUUGCUAAGCUACCUAUUGUCAUACAGCGUGUCCCGUUUGGGUGUCCGCGAUCAGCAUUUGUAUAUAUCCUUGUUCAAUACCUAGCUAUUGUUCACCUGCAGGUUUUGACGCUGGAGAAAGUGAGAGACUGAUUCGAUGUUGGCACAAUAUUCUCGGCUGUGAGACUUAGCCUCGCAGCAGGCGAUGACAAGUGGACAUGAUUGGUAGGCGUUUAGGGCUUCUGGCAGCCUGCUGCUAUCAAGCCCCCUGCACUUUCUCCUCCUUCCCCACAGUCUUUAUGAUAAGCUAAUCCCAACUC